UUUUUAUGCAAAUAUUGGUAAUUUAACAGUUUGCAUCCAUUAGUUUGCGAACUAUGUUUUUGGAGAUGAAUGAUUGCUGGGACGUUGUUUGGUCAUUUGAAGUUUCCGGGGACGAUCAACUCAUUUUCUUUCAGAUUGUUGAGAAAUUCUUCAAAAAUGACAGCCAUUACACAGGUGUCCAGUAACAAAAUGUUUGGAGGUUUUCAGAAGGUCUAUAGCCAUGAGAGCACUGAAUGUAAAUGUACCAUGAAGUUUGGUGUGUAUAUCCCACCACAAGCAGAGGUCAAGAAAUGUCCUGUUCUCUACUGGCUCUCUGGUCUUACUUGCACUGAGCAGAACUUUGUGACAAAGGCUGGUGCCCAGCGUGUCGCUGCAGAGAAAGGAAUCAUCCUGGUUGCGCCGGAUACCAGUCCACGAGGUGUAAACAUUGAGGGUGAAGAUGAUAGCUGGGACUUUGGGUCUGGGGCGGGGUUCUAUGUGGAUGCCACAGAAGAAAAAUGGAAGACUAGCUAUCGCAUGUAUUCAUAUGUUACAAAGGAGUUGCCAGAAGUUAUAAAUGCCAAUUUCAGCAGUUUGCCCGACAAAAUGUCCAUAUUUGGUCACAGCAUGGGGGGUCAUGGGGCACUUGUUUGUGCAUUAAAGAAUCCGGGCAAGUUCCAGUCAGUGAGUGCUUUUGCCCCUAUCUCCAACCCAAUCAAAGCACCGUGGGGGAUCAAAGCUUUCACAGGAUAUCUUGGAGGGGACCAGUCUAAAUGGCAGGAGUAUGAUGCCACAGAAUUGGUGAAGAAGUACACAGGUCCUGCCCUUAAUAUGCUUGUUGACCAGGGAAAGGCAGACAACUUCUAUGUGGAAGGACAACUCCUGCCUGACAAUCUGUCAGCUGCAUGUGCGUCCAACAGUGUGCCAAUAAAUCUGAGGAUACAUGAGGGUUAUGACCAUAGCUACUAUUUCAUUGCCACAUUCAUCGAGGAACACAUCAACCACCACGCCAAGUUUCUCUUCCAGUGAAUGACAAUGCAAUACCAACAGCAGUUGCAUAAGCUGCACUGACUUGAUUUUAAUUUUAUCCAGCCUCUGUUGAAACAUUGGCCAAAUUAAGCAGGGUGACCGGUCGUAUAAACUUUCCUUCAGUAUCUCCGGUCAACAGGAAGUAGUGUAUUCAUACGCACGCUGUGACGAUUCACAGGUUCUUAUAUUUGACCUUUGAAAUUUAUUGGGACACAUCAUGAAUGUUAACGUUAUAUUAUAUAUCCUCCUUUUUUUCUUCUUUAAAAUAUAUUACCGAGCCAGCUUUCCGUAUGUAUCAUUUUCAUUUUACUUGAUUACGCAAUUUAUGACGUAUCUAGUGCGACUUCAUUUCUCUGACGAAACAUAGUUAUCUAGUUUCUCUCAGGAUUUGAGGGACAACAAUUUUGACAUGGUGGUUUUAACAGUAUUUUUUUAAAUAUGUUUAAAUCAUCAAACGAAUCAUAAACGUAUUUCGGAUUGUGUUUGUCAUUCAAAAUUGGUAUUUCGAUAUGAAUAAAAUGAUUCGCAACGGCAGAAUUACGUUUUCCUAAAGCAAUGGAUUAAAGUUGUCAUUGAGGUAAAUAAAAAUAAGUUUUUGUUUUGCUGCUGCAUUUGUUUUUCAUUUGUUAGCAAGAAAAAUAUCACAUUCUCGAUUCGUUUUUUAUUUCUUCUCAUAGUUUCAAUAGGAAAGUAUUAAAAGAAACAGUUUAAAGUGGAACUAUUUUUUACGAGACACAAUCAGUAGUUAUUCGGUUGUCUGGAAUGUUGUGUACAUGUAGGAGGCUCGACAAGAAUAAUUAUAUUGUUAUGUCAAUUUAUUAUUUGUAUUUGAUAAAAUGUGUCAACGGCAUGAAGCAGGAUGAAAAGAAUACAUGGUUGGUGCCGAGAUGGAGAAAGUUUAUCCCGUUCGGCCUGAAAAAGUAAAAUAGGGCUCGCUAAAGCUUGCCCUUUUUUCUUUUUCUAAGCCUCACCGGAUAAACUUUCUCCAUCUCGGCACCAACCAUGUAUUCUCUAUAUUAUGAUUUUAUUUGGAUGAAAGGUGAUUAUACAACCAUGUUGAAUAAGUGCCGUGCAUUGAAUGGAAUUAAGCAUAUAUGAGUUUCACUUCUUUAUAUUGGAAGUGGCAUGUUAUUUUCAAGUCAGUAUUAAACCAUUGUAAUAAAAAAGUGAUUGUUAAAUAUUUACCAAAUAUAUGCCUGUCACAAAUGCAUAUUUGCUGAAUAAAGUUGGUAAAGCAACCUAUAUCAAUUGA